UGCUCUUAGUUUUCCUGUCUCUUAUGUAAAAUCUAGUUAUCCAGUUAGACCAAAACUUCAUCCUUCUUGUUGUUAUUAUUAUUCUGUCAUGAAUCAUCUAUAUUCCUUCUUCUUCUUCCUUUUUUCCUUCCUUUUUUUUUUUUUUUUUAAUAAUUUAACCAUAUUGAUUAUACAAAUUUGGUUAAUGUCAUUUUAUCGCCAAAUUAGGAAACAUUUUAUAUUUUGUCUUCAAAAUUACAAAUUCUCUCAAUAAAAAAUAUAUAUAUACAUAUAUAUAUACAUAUAUUAUCAUUUUAGUAAAAUUAUGCAAUUUUUCCUAAUAAAUUUGAUUAAAUUAGGCAUACACACUGCACUAAAGUUAAAAGGAUCUGUUUGCACAAUUGGCCCCCCUAAGUCUGUAAAUAUUACAACAAUUAUCCAAAACUUUCACACUAUGCUAGGAUAGGCAAUGGCAUAGGACCAGGCGGGCUCUCUCGAUCCCCACUUUGCGAGGAAUCCCCAUCUUCGCCUCAUUCCCUACUUAUAAAGAGCUAGAAUAGGAAGAGAUGCCCAUUCCCCACCCUGUUUUUCAUAAAAUGGAAGAAAUUACCACAUCAAAAAUAUAAAAGUAUAUUGAUGGAAAUUAUAACAAUUCUGCAUACUAUAGUAAUAGGUGGAGCCUUUUACUAAAAAAAUUCUUCUACUUUAGUUUUUUUUUUUUAAAAUACAUAUUCUACUCUUAUUAUUAUUAUUAUUAUUUUCAACCCUUAAAGAUAUUUUUUUAUUAUUAUUAUUUUUUUUGGGCACUUCUACAGGCCCUCAAAGUUAGGAAAGUUAUUAUUCUUGUAACCAAAUGCUGUUAAAUGUAUUUGUAGGAGUGACUCGAUGCUAAAAUCACUUAACAUAGGUUCUAGUCUAGAACAUAUUAUGAUUUUUGAUAAAAAUAAUGCUGUUACAUAAUAUGGUUUUUAUUUUUGCCACAAAAAAGAAAAAAAAAAUGCAACUAAUUAUGUCGACAAUACGACAUAGUUUUGGUGUUCGGAUAAAUUUUGAUUCCCUAAAUCACUCUCAGUGUCUCACGCAGUUUCUCACUCUCUGAAUCCUCGGUCUUCUGUUUUGAUAAUUUGAAUAGAGUUGUUGGGGGCUUUCUGAAACUCAGGUCAGUUAGCUUCUUCUUUGUUUGACUUAUCUUGUAUUUGUUUAUUUCUAAAAUAGAGUUGGGGGUUUGUAUGAGUUUUAAUUUUCAUUUGGGAAUUUCAUCUUAUAACCCUUUUGCUUGCUAAUAUUUGGUUUUCAAUUUCAUUGACAGAGACGUUUAUGCUCUGGAAUUUUCUUAAAACCCAUUUCAUAUAUUUCUGCUAGAACAGAGUUUAAAUAUCCAUUUCUUUUUUCUUUUUCAUUUUUUAUCCUUUGUAUAUCCUUACCCAUUAUGACCAAUAACACUUUCUCUCUCUCUUUUUUUUUUUUUUUUUCCUCUAUAUAUAUGUAUAUAUAUCCCUGUUAUUAGUUUAUAAUGACCAAUAAUGUUGUGUAUAUAUGUGUGUGUGAAUGUAUAUGUGCAUGCAGAUAGACUUCAUUAUGAAAAUCUAGUUCAGUUUCAAGAAGAGUGGGUAUUUUGCAAAAGGUUUUUGGGAGUUGAGUAUUGUUUUACUACUUUUCAUAGAUUGAUCUUGUAUCUGUCUAAGGAUAUGCACUGAAUUUCUUCCAAAUUUCAGAGUCUUUUUCUGGGUCAUUUUAUAAUGCAGUGUAAUUGAUACAAUUAGUAUUCUGAUACAAAGUAAGUCGCCAUAUACGUAACACAUUCUGAUAAAGAAGUGGACAAUCAACUUCGGAUUUUAUAACCAUGGGAACAAAAAGAGUUAAGGGAGACUGUGGAGAGUGCCAUACCAUGUUGGAAGACCGAAUAUCACAAUUGCCUGAUUCGCUAAUACAUCAUAUUUUCUCAUCCCUUCCCACCAUUUAUCUAGUCCGAAUGGGUCGUCUUUCCAAGCGUUGGAGACGUAUGUGGGUUUCAACUCCCUUUUUAUAUUUUGACGAUUUCUGUAUUAUUGCUUUAAACAAGAAUGUGAGGACUCGAGAUAUGGUCUUAAAGUUGAUGACCUAUUAUUUGAGAUAUCGCAAGCAUUGUAUGCAGAUUCCAGAUACAUUCCUAUUAAGUUUUAGGUUUGACACACAUCAUAUGUCUGCAAGCAACAGCAGUGAUAUCAGAAUUAUAGAUGAUUGGUUAAACUUUGUUGUUAAAAGUAAAGUGAAGGAGUUAGCUCUCAGUUUCAAAAAGUAUUGUUUACCUCAGUUCAUUCUUAAUGCAAGUUCAUUAACACUCUUGAAGUUGACUUAUUUGAAGUUGGUUGCCCCUACUCCUUCAACCUUUCCCUCUUUGAAAGUUCUCUCAUUGCUUUCUUUCGAAUCUGAUGUUAAAUCACUUCAAAAUCUUAUAUCCGGAUGCCCUAUUAUUGAGGAAUUGUAUUUAAGAACAUAUGCACUAGGACCUAUAGAUUUCGUUGUCAGUGGAACACUUAAAAAUCUCUCAUUAUCUGUGGAUUUUAAUGAACAGUGGUUGAACGGCCUAAUUUCUAGACUUCCUCUCCUUGAGAGAUUAGCUUUAGAAUCCCAUACAAUGAAAAAUAUUAGCAUCCGUAGUCAUAGCCUGAAAUAUGUUUUCAUUAAGUCAUUCGAUACGGUUGAGGAGGUUGCACUUACAAUUACAACGCCAAAUUUAGUCUGCUUGCACCUUACAUGUUAUUCCCGGAAUAUCAUUGUGGUUGAAGCUCCAAAUCUGUUGGAAGCCAGUUUGACCCUCGAAGAUCGUGGUGGUAUGCUUAAAGCUUCAUUGAUGGAUCUUGUACAUCUUCUUUCAAAUCUGAAUUUCUUGAAGAAAAUGAUGCUGACCAUUAGGGAUGAAGAGGUUCUCAUCCUUCUAAAAAGCAUAAGAAAAUAUUGCCCUUCUCCAUUGCUGAAUCUGAAGCAUCUGAAGGUGAAGAUUCGUGAUGGUAGGUUGUAUGAAACUGCAAAAUUGCCGGAUUCUUUGCUAUGGUGUGCACCUUGUUUGGAGACUCUUGAAAUGGUAUGAAACAACUGUAAUCAGUUAUUAGGAUAAUGCAUUAGUGUUUGUAAUGGUAAAGAGAAUGAGUUUGUAGGCAUACAAAUUUAAUGUACUUUUCUUUUUUAAGACUAAAUUGUUUGUUGCUUAUUUUAAUUUACCUUCAAUGAAGUGCAUGUUCUUU